AGGUAGAUGAGCCAUAUGCUGGUGUGUUACUGUGUUUAGCAAGUGGAAUGUCUCUUCCGCUAGAGAAUGGCGUCCACAGGAAUGGCGAAAUCGAAGGGGAGUUUCUGCGUCAUGAGAGAGAGAAAGAAAAAUGGAGCCUUUGCGUCCACGAAACUCAAGCCUUGCCGGAUUUGGUGUUAUACGGAAAUCCUUCCAAUUUUCAUCUGAAGGUAGCUCUGUAUAUGUAGAUGUGAAAUCACAAAGUUACUUACCAUCCGCUGAAACGCUUAAGGAAGAAUUGUUAGGGAAUGGGUGAGAACAUAUUGGUGGAUUCUCAUGUCUGGGUGGAAGACCCGGAGACUGCUUGGACUCAUGGGGUUGUGCUUAAUAUCAAGGGAGACGAAGCUGAUGUUAAAACCAAUGAUGGUACACAGGUUAUUGCUAAACUAUCAAAACUCUAUCCAAAAGACGAUGAAGCUCCUUCAGAGGGAGUAGAGGACAUGACAAGAUUAUCUUAUCUCCAUGAGCCUGCAGUUCUCAACAACUUGGCUACCAGAUAUGAGCUGAAUGAAAUUUAUACUUAUACAGGAAACAUUCUUAUUGCUGUCAAUCCCUUUCAAGGACUCCCUCAUCUUUACGAUUCUGAGGUUAUGGAGAAGUACAAGGAAGCCUCUUUCAAAGAAUUGAGUCCUCAUGUUUUUGCAAUUGGUGGCAUUGCAUAUAGGGAAAUGAUCAAUGAGGAUAGGAAUAAAUGUAUAUUGGUCAGUGGUGAAAGUGGGUCUGGAAAGACAGAGACGACUAAGAUGCUCAUGCGUUACCUUGCAUUCUUUGGAGGCCAUACUGCAGGGGAAGGAAGGACGGUUGAAAACCAAGUUUUAGAAUCAAAUCCAGUUCUCGAGGCAUUUGGAAAUGCGAAGACUGUGAAGAACAACAAUUCCAGUCGUUUUGGGAAAUUUGUGGAGAUUCAGUUUGAUGACGUGGGUCGGAUAUCUGGGGCAGCCAUCAGAACCUACCUUUUGGAGAGGUCUCGUGUUUGCCAAGUUUCAGAUCCUGAACGCAACUAUCACUGCUUUUACCUCCUGUGUGCUGCUCCUCCAGAGGAUGUUGAGAGAUUUAAAUUGGGCGACCCCAAGUCGUUUCGGUAUCUUAACCAAUCUAGCUGCUACGAACUUGAUGGUGUAAACGAUGCAGAGGAGUAUCUUUCUACUAGAAAAGCUAUGGAUGUAGUUGGAAUAAGUGAAACAGAACAGGAUGCAAUUUUCAGAGUUGUGGCUGCCAUUCUCCAUCUUGGAAAUAUUGAAUUUUGCAAGGGAGAAGAUGCUGAUUCAUCAUCUCUAAAAGAUGAACAGUCAAAUUUUCAUCUCCAAAUGACAUCAGAAUUGCUCAUGUGUGAUCCCCAUUCCUUAGAAGAUGCUUUGUGUAAGCGUAUGAUGGUCACCCCAGAAGAAGUUAUCAAAAGAAGUCUUGAUCCUCUUGGUGCCGCCGUUAGUAGGGAUGGUUUAGCAAAGACAAUAUAUUCUAGACUCUUUGAUUGGUUGGUAAACAAAAUAAAUAUCUCUAUCGGACAAGAUUCUAACUCUAGGCGCUUGAUUGGAGUCCUUGACAUUUAUGGUUUUGAGAGCUUUAAAACCAACAGUUUUGAACAAUUCUGUAUUAAUUACACGAAUGAAAAGCUGCAACAACAUUUCAACCAGCAUGUAUUCAAAAUGGAACAAAGUGAAUAUGAAAAAGAAGAAAUAGAUUGGAGCUAUGUGGAGUUCGUUGAUAACAAAGAUGUCGUGGAUCUAAUUGAAAAGAAGCCCGGUGGUAUCAUUGCUCUUCUAGAUGAAACAUGCAUGCUACCCAAAUCAACUCCUGAAACAUUUUCUGAGAAGCUUUAUCAAACAUUCAAGAAUCAUAAGCGCUUUAUUAAACCAAAACUGACUCGAUCAGAUUUUACUUUAGUUCAUUAUGCAGGGGAGGUUCAGUACCAGUCCGAUCAAUUUUUAGACAAAAACAAAGACUAUGUUGUUGCCGAGCAUCAGGAUUUGUUAAAUGCUUCCAAAUGUUCUUUUGUGUCAGGCCUUUUUCCUCCUCUUCCUAAAGCGAGUAGCAAGUCUAAGUUUUCCUCUAUUGGCGCUCGUUUCAAGCUACAAUUGCAACAGCUGAUGGAGACGCUGAAUUUAACGGAACCACACUACAUCAGAUGUGUUAAGCCAAACAAUUUGUUGCAGCCAACAGUGUUUGACAAUGCCAAUGUCUUGCAUCAGUUACGCUCUGGGGGUGUUCUUGAGGCCAUCAGAGUGAAAUGCGCUGGAUAUCCAACAAAUAGGACUUUCAUCGAAUUCUUAAAACGGUUUAUGAUUCUUGCACCGGAGAUUCUGAAAGGAGAGUAUGAAGCAGAUGUUGCAUGCAAGUGGAUUUUGGACAAAAAGGGGCUCACAGGUUUCCAAAUUGGUAAAAGUAAAGUUUUCCUGAGAGCUGGUCAGAUGGCUGAGCUAGAUGCACACAGAACAAAAGUGCUUGGUGAAGCAGCGAAGAUGAUUCAAGGGCAAGUUAGAACCCGUCUCACAAGAGAACGAUAUGUGCUCUUGCGGAGGGCUUCAGUUAAUAUACAAGCUAAUUGGAGAGCAAACCUUGCACGAAAGAUAUCAAGGUACAUGAGAAGGGAGGAAGCUGCCAUUAAAAUUCAGAAAAACUUACGUAGACAGAUUGCGAUUAAAGAUUAUGGGAAUACCAAAUCUUCGGCAGUCACAUUGCAAAGUGGAGUCCGGACAAUGGUUGCACGCCAUGAGUUCCAUUAUAAAUUGAAGUCUAAGGCAGCGACUAAGAUCCAGGCCUACUGGCGUGGUUACAGUGCUGUAUCUGACUACAAGAAACUGAAAAAAGCUUCUCUUGUUUAUCAAAGUAAACUCAGAGGAAGAAUUGCUAGAAAACAAUUGGGACAGUCAAAUCAGGCUGAGAAAAAGAAAGAGACGGAACAUGAAAGAGAUGUGGAACUUUCCAAUCCAGCAGAAGAGGCAGUUGAUAAGUCCUUUGUAAAGCAUUCAGAUGAAAGUGAUGAUGAAGAGAUGAGACAUAAAAGAGAGACAAAACAUUCAAUCCAAGAAGAUGAUGGCAUUGAAAAGUCCUUUGUAAAGCAUUCAGAUGAGAGUGAUGAUGAAGAGAUGGGACAUGAACGACAGAAUAAACAGACCAUCCAAGGAGAUAAUGGAAUUGAAAAGUCCUUUGUAAAGCAUUCAGAUGAAAGUGAUGAUGAAGAGAUGAGACAUGAAAGAGAGACAAAACAUUCAAUCCAAGAAGAUGAUGGCAUUGAAAAGUCCUUUGUAAAGCAUUCAGAUGAGAGUGAUGAUGAAAAGAUGGGUCAUGAACGACAGAAUGAACAGACCAUCCAAGGAGAUGAUGGAAUUGAAAAGUCCUUUGUAAUGCAUUCAGACCAUAGUAGUGAUGAAGAGAAAGGACAUGAACAACAGAUAACACAUACCAUCCAAGCAGAUGAUGGAGUUGAAAAGUCCUUUGUAAUGCAUUCAGACCAUAGUAGUGAUGAAGAUAAAGGACAUGAACGACAGAAAGAGCAUACCAUCCAAGCAGAUGAUGGAAUUGAAAAGUCAUUGAUUCUGGAUUCAGAGAACCCUUUCAGCAAUUUUUCUGAUGUAAGCCAUAUAACGAACCCUUUCCGUGAUACAGAAGUUGAGUCCCUUACUGCCGAAGUUGAGAUGUUGAAGGCCUUGUUGGUAGUUGAGAAACAGAGAGCUGACAUUUCCGAAAGAAAAUGUGAUGAAGCACGAGAACUUGGUGAGAGAAGACGCAAAAGAUUAGAAGAAACAGAAAGACGAGUUUACCAACUACAAGACUCUUUGAACAGGUUGUUAUAUUCUAUGUCGGACCAGUUCUCUCAACUGAAGUCCAUCCUGAGAUCUCCUUCCAUGUCUUCAACGUUGGCUUCAGUGCCCGUCGUACGUGAUGAUCUUGCUGACAGCUCUGAGAACUCUGAAGCUUCAUCGACUGAAUCUGAUUUCACAUUUCCAGCUCCAUCUUCUUCUUCUGCAGAUAAUCCAAAUCAGCUGCAAGUUAUUGUUCAAGAUCUAUCAACCACAGAGGCCAAAGGAACAGAGAACUCUGACAGUAAGAAGAAAGGGGGCUUUGAAGAUUACUUUUGAUGAUGAAACGUCAUUUUUGAUCUCUUCACCAGAUAUUUUGGAGUGCUGCUAAUCUCUUUACUCCAAAGGGCAAUUGUUUUGGUGUUUACAAUUAGUUCAAACUCCAGUUAUAGUUUUCUUUUCUUGAUUAGAUGCUGAAAUAACUGUUAAAGGGUCGUCAAGAUAUGUUAGGUUCUACUUUUUUUCUUUUUUGGAACUCUGUUAGGUUCUACUUGUAUGUGUUUAAUGCUACAAAAACAAUAUUGUUUGUUUCUUCAGCUAAUACAAUUCCUACUUGAUAUUGGAUCAUUCUU